AUGAAUUUGUUUAACCAUGAUGAAAUAAAUUUAUUGGAGGUAUCCAAAUAGAGGAUUGCUAGGCCGCAUAAGAUGGAAAGUUAGAGUUCAUAAAAAAUCAGUUAAUAUCUUUGACAUCAAGACAAUUAUAGGAUGCUUGCAAAAAGACAGAUUAUUAUGGUAGAAACGCAUUACAUUAUGUAAUUAGUAAACUAAAAUAGGCUGCUUAUAGAGGACAUUAUGAUGUGGUUGAAUAUUUUCUGGAUUUGUAAUGUAUAGACAUAAAUUCAAAAGAUAAUAAAGGUAUUUAGUAAAAAAUAAUGUUAAAGGGAAUACAGCAAUAAUGUUAGCAUGUGUAAGAGGAUAUAACUAAGAUAUAGAAAGUCUGAAAGAAGGUUCUAAGUUUGCAAUAUGUUCACUGCUUUUAGAAAGAGGAGCAUAACUACAUGAAUUUAAGAAACAAGGCAUAAACAACCCUUUGCAUUGGACUUGUUUUUUUGGAGACUUAAAAACAACAAAGUUAUUGAUGUUUGUGGAAUCUAGCUUAAGUAAAUGAAUGAAAUGAGAUUCUAGUGUUGUAUUCGAAUGAUAGAGAUUAAUUUCCAAUUGAUUUGGCAUUGAUGACAGGGAAAGAGUUGGAUGAUAGAGAAUAAGAUGAAAAAGUGUUAGAAUUUAUGAUAAUGAAGUUCUUAGCUUAAUAUUUAGAUAAUGAUGAACAUAAAAAGAAAUUGGAGUUAUCUACAGAUGAACAUGAAUCAUAUAGAUAUUUAUAGUAGAGCAAUAUAUUCAUUAAGUCAACAAAACAAUUAGCUUAAGUAGGACUUCGAUAUUUAUUUUGGGCAAGUACAUUAGGAAGAUUGGAUUUAGUUAAGCCUUUGAUAAAUUGUAGGUAUUCUCCUUUUGAACCAUCAUAUAAAGGGAGAAAUGCAUUACAUGCAGCAGUUUAUAAUAAUAGAAAAGAAUUAGUUGAAUAUUAUUUGGAGUCAGAAUCUGUAAAGGAAUUUAGAAUUGAUAAUGUUAUUAAUAGAAUGACAAAAGAUAAACCAUAGACAGCUUUACAUGUAGCAGUUGAGAGAGGUCAUAUAGAUAUUGUAAAAGCAUUAAUAAAGAAAGGAGCAGAUCCUAAUUUAUAUAAUUUUAGAAAUCAGAAAGCUUUUGAUUAAUCAAGAUUAAAUGAAAUCAAAUUUUUGAGAAGAGAAUUAUAUAAAAAUUCUAAAAAGAAUUAUUUAAGAUCAGGAUAUAAUCAUGUUUUAGUUGGAUGGUAAAGAUGUAAAAAUCAAUUGUUAGAAUAAUAAUUCUACAAUAUUCAAUAAAAAAAGAAUUUUGAAAAAGGAAUGUUUAAAUAUUUACCUAUUGAAUCUAUAGAUAAAUAAUAUACAUAUUAUUGUUUAAAAGUUGAUGAAAAACUCAAAAAUUUAAUAGCUAAUGAAACUAAAAUGAUGAUUUAUAAUUCAAGAGAGGCUUAUUUAUGUCCCUUUAAUAUUUAAAUUUAAGAGUAAUUUGAAAAUUUUCAUCAUGUUCAUGAUUAAUAAAUAUUAUAGACAUUAUUGUAUGAUGAAUUUGAUAUUGAUUAAUUCAUUAAUGAUGGUUUAUUGAUAGAACAUUUCCCUUUACAUGAUGAAGAAGAGAAAGAAUUGAUUUUAAAGUUUUGGAAGAAUGAACGAUUUCAUAUACUAUUUGAGCCAUUUUAAUUAAGAAGAUCAUCAAGUAGAACAUUUAGUGCUUUAUCUUCAUAUUUUGGAGCAGAAAUAGGAAUGUUUUUUGUUUUCUUAUGUUUUUUUACAACAUGGUUAUUUUUACCUGCUGUUCCAGGAUUAUUGAUUGGAAUAUUUCAUUUUAUAGAUGGAGAAUCUAUUAAUGCUGUUGCUCCUAUAUAUACUUUAUGUAUGGCUGUUUGGGCAACUAUAUUUUUUGAAUUUUGGAAGAGAAAAUAAAGUGAAACUAUGUACAAUUUUGAUAUGCAUGUUGCUGAAGAAUAAAGAAGAUGGAUACCUUAAUAUAAAGGAGCUUUUAUUAUUGAAGAUGUAACUCAUAUCAUUGAAAUUAAAGAUACAAGAAAUGUCUAAUGGAAAUAUUUCAAAUCUAACACUCCAUUAGUUUUUUUAGCCAUUAUAUUUAUUGGUGGAGAAUAAUUUGGAUAUUUUUAUCUUAAAUAAAUAAAUGAAGGAGAUUAAUUUUAUGAUACACUUUGGGCAUGUAUAUUAGCUAUUUCAAUCUUAAUUACUAAUGAAAUUUUUAAUUUCUUUGCAAAACAUACUUUAGUUUAUGAAAAUCAUUAAUAUCAAGACGAAAGAGAGAAUGUUUAUAUCUUAAAAGUUUUUGCAUUCACUUUUCUAAAUUCAUUUGGUAGAUUAUUUUAUAGAAGUAUUAUUCGACCUGAUUCUGAAGAAUUAGAUUUAUUAAGUAUAUCUUUUACAAUAAUAUGGUCUCUUGUUCAUUUGAUUAGAUAUACUCUUCUUCCACUUUUAUCUUUCUUUUUUAUCUAAAUAAAAUUUAAUUGGGAUUUCAAUAAAUUCAAACAAAAUACUUCUAAACAAUUUGCAGCUGUCUAAAGAAUAAGUGUUUAUGAUACUGAAACUAGUGCUAUCAAUAAAUCUUUUGAUAAAGGAAUGUCCACUUAAUAUUUUCUUUAAUAAAUAGAAUUAAACAGAAGAAUGAUUGAUCCUCCGAAUCAUGUAGAAUAAUUUACCUAUUUUGUAAAUCAUGAUAUUAAUAUAGAUGACAUAAUUUUGCAUGGCUACAAUGUUUAGUGCAGGGUCUUAAAUAAUUCCUAUUGCUAUUUUAAUCUUCAAUAUUCUUAAUAUAGAAGGUCUUCUAUAUGGAUAUAGAAAAUUUGUAAAGAGACCAAUAGCAGAACCAAAAAAAAGUAUAGGUGUUUGGAAUGAUAUUCUCUAAUUAGUUGGAUAUAUAGGAAUAGUGUCAAAUUGUUUAUCAAUUUAUUAAGCUAAUUAAGCAUAAUUAAAUACUUUAAUAGGAUAAGAUCCAGAUAUUUCAGAAGAUUAAACUGAUGUAUUCUUAAAAAUAUAAAUAGCUUGGACUUCGAAACUUUUUAUUCCUAAUUGUUGCUGAACAUAUUGUGAUUGGAAUCAAAUUUGUUAUAGAAGGAGUUAUCCCUGAUGAACCUGAAUGGGUUGAAUUAGUACUCAAAAGAGAAGAAUUCUUAUCUGAAAAGAAUAAGGCAAAAAAAGGGGAAUAGACCAAAGCCAUCGAAAUCAAAACAAAAAAAGAAUGA